CAGCACAACACAACCCUGCAGAACAAAACAAAACUCUUCUGGGUUCCCUACUUCUUUCUACAUUCAGUCAAAAAUGGAGAACAAGAUUAUGUUGACAGGUCUUGUAGUACUGUUGAUCAGCCUUGCCUCAGUCCCAGCAUCCAUCUACGGAGAAGCCGAUUUGGAUACUUACAUUGUGUUCUUGCAGAAACCAGAAGGCCUCUCCUUACUUGCAGAUGGGGAAUUGGACUCAUGGUACAGCACAUUCCUUCCUGAUACUCUACUGGCGAGCUCAUCCAAGACCCGAUUGGUCCAUUCCUACCGCAAUGUCGCGACAGGGUUCGCGGCGAAGCUGACCAAGGAGGAAGUGAAGGCCAUGGAGAAGAAGGAUGGGUUCAUCUCGGCUCAGCGCGAAAGGAUGUACAGUCUGCACACGACUCGCACUCCCGGAUUCUUGGGAUUGCAGCUCAACACCGGUUUGUGGAACGGUUCGAACAAUGGGAAGGGUGUGAUCAUCGGAGUUCUGGACACGGGCGUCACGCCUAACCAUCCUUCAUUCAACGACCUGCACAUGCCCUCCCCGCCUGCCAAAUGGAAGGGCAAAUGCCAGCUACCGAAAUGCAAUAACAAGCUCAUCGGGGCGAGGAAUCUCGUCUCGGAUUCCUACGCCAUCGAUGAUGAAGGCCACGGCACCCACACUUCCAGCACGGCUGCUGGAAGCCCUGUACGGGCGAGUGCCUUUGGGCAAGCUAGCGGCGUGGCCUUUGGGAUGGCGCCGCUAGCUCACAUUGCAAUCUACAAAGUCUGCAGUGAAGAGGGUUGCACUGGAGGUGCUAUACUAGCAGGAAUGGACGCUGCAGUCGCGGAUGGCGUCGACGUGCUGUCUCUCUCCCUGGGCCUGCCUUCAGAAUCUUUCCCCGAUGACCCGAUUGCAGUUGGUGCGUUCGGAGCGAUCCAGAAUGGGAUUUUUGUCAGCUGCUCUGCUGGAAAUGCUGGUCCUGCAAGCGCUUCGUCGGCCAACGAGGCGCCCUGGAUUCUAACAGUUGGAGCUAGUAUGAUCGAUAGGAAGAUUAAGGCCACCGUUUUGCUUGGAAACAAAGCAGGCUAUGAUGGCCAAUCCCUGUUUCAGGAUAAAAAAUUCCGUCCCCGAUUGUUGCCUCUUGCGUAUGCAGGGGCGAAUGGCAGAGCAGCUUCCAGAUUCUGUGGCCCUGGCUCGUUGGACAAGUCCGUCCGAGGAAAAAUCGUCUUGUGCGAAAGAGGAGGAGAAAUUGAUAGAAUUGCCAAGGGGCAGGAAGUGAAGGACAAUGACGGAGCUGCCAUGAUCCUGAUGAAUGAUCAACAGAGCGGCUUCGACACACUAGCCGAUGCUCAUGUCCUCCCUGCAUCCCAUGUCAGCUUCUCCGCUGGCGUGGCGAUCAAGGCAUACCUGAACUCCACCAAAUCACCAAAGGCCACAAUCCUUUUCAACGGAACUAUAUUUGGCAACCCGAAUGCUCCAAUGGUUGCCUCUUUCUCCUCGAGGGGUCCCAGCCGGGCGAGUCCCGGAAUCCUGAAACCAGACAUCAUUGGCCCUGGAGUGAAUAUCUUGGCAGCUUGGUCUGUGUCGGUUGAUAACAUAACCAACCCGCCGUUCAACAUGAUAUCAGGAACUUCCAUGUCUUGCCCUCACCUCAGCGGCAUUGCUGCUCUACUGAAAAAUGCUCACCCUGAUUGGUCCCCCGCCGCGAUCAAAUCAGCCAUGAUGACUACCACCUACCUGACGAAUCUCGGAGGGAAGCCAAUCCUCGACGAACAGCUUCGCCCUGCUAACUUGUUCGAUACCGGUGCAGGGCAUGUCAAUCCAGUACUGGCUGCUGAUCCCGGGCUCGUUUAUGACCUGCAGCCGAACGACUACAUUCCUUAUCUGUGCGGGUUGGGAUACAAGGAGAGCGUGAUUUCGGGGAUCUUACAGCGCAAGGCACACUGUGGGAAUUCGAGCAUUCCUGAGGCUCAGCUCAACUAUCCUUCGUUCUCGAUCAGGUUGGGUUCUACUCCCCUGACAUUCUCGAGAACUGUGACAAACGUUGGCCGGGCCAAUUCGGUGUACGUAGCUAAAGUUGUGCUACCAAGAGGAGUUGAUGUGAAGGUGCAUCCAAAGAAGAUUGUCUUCAAUCGGUUGAAUCAGAAGGCCACAUUUACUGUGACGUUUACCAGCAAGGGGAAAUCUGCUGAAUCUUACUCCCAGGGUUUCUUGUACUGGCUGACUCAAGGUUACGUUGUGAAGAGUCCAAUUGCCGUUGUAUCCGGGUAAGGAAACUUGGUGGAUUUCGGUUCCUGCAAAUUUUCUGAAGAUAGCAAGUUGGUUUGUUAACAAAAGGUUUUAGUACAUUUUAAUGUUCAUCAAACGAUUGGUGGUGCUUGAAUGCCACUGAUAGUGGUGGUAUGUGAGAAUGCAAAUGUACGCAUUCUCUCUUGGUUCUAUUUCCCGUUAGUUUUAAGCAACAAAUGGAACGGUCGCCUAGUUUUCCGUAUUAAAAGUAGUAAAGUUAUGUAUUGUGU